CUUAGUGACAGUCGGUAGCCGGGUGCCUUCGUAGGCGGUUGGCUUGAGUCUUGCUUGAUCAGUGAUAAAUAAGAACCAUUCAGGUGUCGUAGAUAACUGACUUAUCCAAACUCGUCCAAAGAAAAAUCUGCAAAAACUUUCUUCGAGGAGAGUUUUAAAACCCACAAAAGAAAAGUUUACAAAAGGUGAAACCAAAAACAGAAUUCCUCAAAAACAAACAUCCCUUCGAAGUGUUUUGAAAACACCCGCAGUCAAGUCGACUUCAAAAACACACGUCAAAAGGGACGGGUGUUUUUAUUAAAAACAAAAAAAUUAGUUAAUUUUGACUCGAUGUCCACAGAAGGAUUUCAAGAUGAAAGUUGAAUCUCGAACGUUCAAGACACUUUGUCUUGUUGUUGGUUUGUGCGUAACUGGAUCGUCUGGAAUCUCCUCUGCGGACGAUGGAGCCAAGGAACCGCUGGACGAGUCCAGGAUCUGCUACCGGGAUCCUCCUGACUGUGAUGGCGUUGGCAUAUCCCAUCUGCCCCUCCAGCACACACUACACUUUGCCUUCAGCGGCUGGUGGGACCUGAAAAUGGACUCCCAAGAUGAGGAGGUGAAGCCCCAGAUGUCCUCGAAAAAGGUUUUUGUGGAGAGUGAUGUUUCUCUAACAAGAGUCUCGGAAUGCCAGCUGAGAGUAGUGCUUCGUAAUUACUCCGUCAGUGAUGGGGAGGUCAACCUAGAAAGAGGUGAGGCUGCCAUCACAGUAACAGCAGGUUCAGUGAAGUCUUUCUGUAUGGCAGACGGAGCUGUUGGUUCUUCGUCUACGUUAUCGAAGUAUGGUGUUGCUCAGAUUCACAGCAUUGUUUCUGCAGUUCUGAACCUGAAGCCAUUUGAGGAGAAUCAGGAUGAUGUAAUGACUGAGAGUGAUUACUUCGGACAUUGCGGUACUCACUACCACACGCAGAAUAUGGAUCCCGGUCAUCAUAUUCUCAAGAGGAGCAAAGACCUCAGUCGUUGUGUUCACAGCGCGGCCACUGAACAAAGUUCCAAGAGCCUUUCUUAUCUAACGAAGCAUGCAAAUUGGGAGUGUCAUCACUUAUACCAACUUCACGGAGGAUUAGAUGCAGGUUAUAGUGAAGAAAUGUUUGAAAGUGAAAAUCCUUUGCUCAAGAAAGUUGUGUGUUACCAGAGGAUUUCAUUGCCUGAAACAGCAAAUUUUAGUGCGAAUCUGAACAUGACUUUAAUUAGCAUACAGAAAUGGGAGCCUAGUGAUGGCGAUGAGGAGAUAUUCAACAAGGUCGAACUGAACGCGAAUGGCUUUUCAUUGCCACCUGAAGGUGACCCCACCUUCAGAGUUCAUCAGAUCCUAAGUGAUCUUUGCACUAAUGCAAGACAGGCAAUAACUGUGGAAGCUGUUAGAAGUUAUUUCCAGUUGAUAGAAGAGAUUAAGCGGCUAGAGGCAGAUGCUUUGGUUCAUGUGUACAGAGAGAUCUUUGGGAGGCGCAUUUGCUCAGAGCACAGAAGGCUAGAGCAACUGUAUGCAUCUGCCUUACGUACUGUCACAACAGCAUCUGCCACAGCUACAAAAUGUCAGCUUAUGGCAUCGGGUACUGCUGAACGUUCUCGCCUGUGGGUGUCGUCUUUGAUGAAUGUUGAGGAAACAACAGAAGAAGCUCUGGAAUCCUGCUCUCAACUACUUGAAGGUUCUCAUUGGAAAGAUGCUGUGUUAGGGGUAGCAGCCAUGGCUGGCAGGGCUGUAAGAAAUUCCUGCUGGGGUGAAAGAUCACACCAGUGUAAUUUUGACAAUCCUGGUUGUCCCCAAGGAAAUACCAGAAUCUGUAGUUUGGGACAAAAAUUACAAGUUAUCAUACAGAACCUGGCGAGCCAUUUGCCCAGAUGUCUAGACCGACGCUCAGAACAUAGGAAUCAGCUUCUUCUAGCUAUUCGUGGGUUAGGAAACAUCGGCAUUUACGGACACGACGUGGAAAGGUUACUCAUGACGUGUGGCGGACGUGAGGCAGAUUAUUCUGUUCGUCUAGCUUCUGUGGCAGCAAUGAAACAUGGCUCGUGCAGUUUGCAUGUUACCAACUGGUUAAAAUGGCAAGCUCUAAAUGAGACGGUGGAGGCUGAGCUUCGGAUCACAGCUUUCCAAUCCUUGUAUGCCUGCUCUCCUGUAGAGGCAGAGGCUGUUGCUUUACUGAUAACUGAGAAGGAGUCAGACACUCAAGUCAGGUCAUACGUCAGUGCCUACGUUAACAAUGGGAAGAAACAAGGGGACAUCCGUCAGUUUUCUCGCCACAUGACCGCAAAUUUAACGUCUGUGUUUGGGCUCCCAGAAACGCAUUUGGAAACUGACGUUAUUUUCCAGAAUUCAUUUUUACCGCAAAGUCUUUCCUUCAACUUCUCUUCAGAAUUACUGAGACAGCUUGGAGGAAGCAUUCAGUUUGGUGGGAGACUAGAAAACAUGGAAGAAGUUCUACAGUCUGUCUUUGGACAUGAUAAUUCUGCAGGAAAUAAUUUUCUAGAAUGGGUAGGCGUCUUACUUCACAAAGCUCAGGAGAUUUUCACAUCUGCUUCAGAAGACUUUAUUAAGGAACAUGAAAGGGAUAAACGUAGCUUUGAUGUGUCUGAUGUCAGGAAUUUGUUGCGGAAGGUAAAGAAGAAGGCCAUAACUAUUUUUAAGGGCUGGAUAUUUGCUGGGAUUGGAGGUGCUGAUCAUUAUUUCAACACCUUCAACUUCGACCCUUUUGCUGUUGAAUGGGGAGAACUCCUUGACGACUGGAUGGAACUAUUCCUGGAAGCAUCAUAUUCGUUUCUCCUAAACUCAAAUGUUGAGACAACGAAUGCAUGGGUAAGUCGAGAUGAAACACUCUCUUGCUGGGGGAUGAUGGGAUUCCCAAUCACACUCCAUAAGAAGGAAGGAUUCGUGUACAGUGCAGCAGGAAGCUCCCGAGUGAAUCUGCUCAGCUUGAUAAGAAACCCAAGUUCAUCUAGUUUAGAUUUGGAGGUGGCCGCAAGUGUUGGUACUUACUCUUCUUCUUAUUUGGAAUUGACUUCUUUAUCUGGAACUGUUGUUGCGGAAUAUUCAAAUGCAAGAAGCACAGCCUUUGAUGUGUCGGCUAACUUGAAAAUUCAGGGAACAGACAGUGCUGAGCUGAAGAUAGAUAUACCUCAUGGCGUGUUUCAAGGUGACGCAUCCAGUGUUGUCCGUCGUCUCAAAUCAGAGCCAUUCGAAUCGGACGAGGAUUCUCUCGGUAAAAUAACAAAGGAAGGUCUCAAUGAACUUUUGAGUGACAGAAUGAGGUGCUCCCCUCCAGGCACUGGGAGUGAAUUCCAGGAAGAUGAUGACACUAAGAGAUUCAGAAGCCCUGGAGGUUAUAGGAUUAAGAGCAGCUGCAAAAGGCAGUUCCAACAAGUUGUUGGUCUAAAUGCCUUCGAAACAUCGUUUAUGACACAAGGACCUCAUGAAGUGAUGCUUGAAAAGAGAAAGUUUGUAGAGAAGUCAGAGGAGAGCAUCACUGGAUAUAGGAUUGGUUUUUCUUCCAAGAACCCAGGUGUCAAUUCUGUAUUCCUGGAUAUAUAUGUCGAAGCAGAUGGAGCAAGUGUGGAACAGAAGAUGGGGAUAGUGUUUGGCUUGACAUAUAGUCCACACUUCACAAUCAAAGUACUUCUUCAAACUCAACAGCUUAUUGCAUCUGGAGAAGUUUCCAUCGUGAAUGAUCCAAAUCUGAAACGCUUCGAAGGCCACUUGAAUAUUGGAAGAUCUGAAUAUGGAAUUAAAGCAGAACUACUGUUGGUUAAAGAUGGGGGUCAGGUUAGUGUAAAACCACGACUUGUCAUCAGCUAUCCAGCAAACCAAGAAGACGCCCUUCUUGAAGGGUACGUGGCACAUUAUUCAUCUGAUAAAGUGAGCAGUUUAUCCCUUGAUCUCUAUACAGAGGGGACUCUCAGAAACCUCUUGGAUGUUGCUAUAAAAGGCACAGCAGAGUACAGAGCUCCAAAAGGAAGAGGAAAGGUGUUAACAUUCAAGAAUGUUCAUCUGUCAACACCUCACUUUUCACUGGGCUUAGAAUCUACAUUUUCUUUAAAGGAUAACACCAUCGAAUCUAAAGUACAGGCAACUUGGAAUGGGCACUUAGUGGUCCUGGAAGGCAGCUUCAGCGAUCUUGGUUCGGGACAUGACGACCAGCACUAUGCAGUGAACCUUCAGUUGCUUCUUCCCGAGAAGCCAAACUUCGACACUAAAAUAUCUUGUAUUACCCAGGUUUAUGCCUCAGAGGUAACUAACAAUGUUACCCUUAUCGUUGGAGGAGGAGACACACAACGAGAAUUUAAAGCCUUUCACUCCACUUUCUGGAGAGUCACGAACCCAGUUUCACCUCCUCUCCUGAAUCACGAAAACUCUACCAUAGCAGAGGAAACUACUCUGCCAGGUCUUGCAGCAAGGAUUGUUAAUAAACUGCAGGUGACAAGCCUGGCAGCUGAUGUGAACUGGGAUAUCGAGCAUGUGCUACAACUGACUAAUAAAUCUGUCGAGAACCUAGUCGUUGCUCAGUUUGGUGAUGAAAACCAUAAGAUCAUGAGUAAUUUCUAUGACCAGAGUGAGGAAUUCUUCAAGUACCACAUGGAACUAGAGAUCAGACUACCUGCGUGGCAUUUUAGUUACGUAGACACUCUUCAGCAACGGCCAAAUGGGGAUAUGGUAGGGCAGAGUACUACUGUAAUGCCUUCUGGAAGGAUUUACAGCUCUUCUUCGAGGAUUUACAAAAACACAACGCAGAAGAGAGCCAUCUUUGAGAUGUCAUAUGAUGUGCUGAUCCGAGACGGAAUGAAUGUUUGGAAGAUUGUCUUGCAAGAAUCAUUUGACUGGUCUUCAGAACAUCUGCGUCUCCAGUCCUCAGCGGAAGUUGGGAAUAUCACUGUGUUUGGACUGGAACUUGCUAUGGAUGGCAUUAUAUCUGGUGAUAUUGUAUUCCACCUCAAAAACUGGGUUAAGGAUCUCUAUGAAGGAGAAAUAACACUCAAUAACGAGGGGAGGAGCACAGACUUCAAUUUAAAUGUCGUUAUUGUUCCUUUCAACAGAGAAAUUAAAAGUAAGGUUGCCCUCGGUCAUGAUGGGUGCUCUAUUGGCCUCCUGGAUGGAGAGUUCUCUUGGGAUGUGAGGAGAGAUGUUGCUAGGACAGUAAUGUUGUCGUCUGUGGUCCAGCUGCCCAAAGACGGCAAACCUCUGGAACUAAAAGGCUCCAUGUCAGUUUUGUCAUGGACCUGGCAGACAGAACUUACUGUUGUACUUGGCGAUGAAGUAGGUGAUAGUCAUCAUCUUACUUAUACUCUGAUUCUCCCAGAUGAAUCCAAAUUCCAACUUGGAUCGGAACUUGUCUUCUCAGUAGGAGACAGGGAUCUGGAACUGUCAACAACGUUUGAAGUCCAGAUGCCAGACAAAAAUGUUCAUAAUAUGUCCUUGGUUGUUCAGGGUAUUGUGAUGAACAGUUAUGAAAAUCGUGGAGUUGUUACGUUCAGCGUGCAGUCUCCUAUUACAGAAGAGGCAAAUUUCCACAUACACAUCAAGACAUCUAAUAAUGCUAAAUUUAGGAAGAUGGAUGUGUCGGUAAACACCCGCUCAAAGGCUAAUUAUUGGGAGCCAUUGGAAAUCAGCGCAAGUGGAGAAUGGAAUGGCACAACCGCUAACAUGAAGGUGGACGGAAGCUGGGGCAUCGAAAUUGUGAACAUCAACUCUGUGGGGUCGUAUUGGAUUGUGGAGGAUGAGCACCACAUAUCCGGGUCUGCGGAAGUUGAAAUUCCUUUGGGAAAAUCUUGGAAACAACUCGGAUCAUCGUUAAAUGGAUCAUUCAGUGUGGGGCACAAUCCAGGAAGGCUUAAAGUGACUCAUUCAAUAGAUGUUGAAAAAGACCAUGAAGAAAUAUUCAAGACUGCUGGAGAAGUUUUGGUUCAUGUACCGAAGGUAAAGGGUCAGCUUGUUAUAUCCCACGCAGGAGAUGUGGCCAAAUAUCACACAUAUAACUUAGAGGGUAGUUUUACAGGGAAUGAACUGGAAAUCGGCGUAGAGGGACUUGUUGAAGAAGUACCUUUAGAAAUUUCCAUCCAUUAUGUUGACGGCCAGGAAGUCACCGUCAAGGCUUUUUAUAGAGACGAGACGUAUUUUAGCACGACAGUGAAGACGGAACUGAAGGAUGUGAGCAUAGGAAUCCGGAAGGGAACGGGCACUUCGUAUACACUGACAACAAAUGGUCUCUUGGUCUAUCGAGGACAUCAGUCAAGGCUGCAUCACGAGUUGUUUAUCUCUCCUUCUCGAGGGUCCUCAGUUUUAAGUCUUUCACCAGUCCAAGGAUAUGAAUUUAAGUUGACAACGAGUCGGACAAAGUAUAACAAUCACCACUGGGGAACUGUCAUUAGCUUAGAUUGGGGGGAAAGAACGUUUAGGUAUCAAGAUGAUGUGUACUUCCCCAGCUUGUCAGAAUUCAUAAUCAAGAUAGAAGUUGAUGCCCCGGAUUUCAACAUCACGAAGGUUACUGCAGAAUUAGAAGCGGUUCCUGAUUCAGGUGGAGAACAAGCAGUCCAAUUUAGAUAUCUCGUGCAGAAUGAUACUCUUCAUAGUGCAAGGCUGAUGUAUUACACUCAUGGAACAGAAGAGGAGAUGAUUUGGCGAGCUGGCGCUCAAGAUGUUGUGUUGAGUGCAAAGGAAUACAGUGAUCUCCUCAUCUCUCAUGCAAUUACAUUACCAGUUGGGGGAAUGGAGAUCAACAGUAACAUGACAGUUGGGGUCAUACCAAUAAUCGGGGUAGGAGUUACAGUCACAGCUCACACCAGAGCGCUCCUCCUCUCUGUCUGCACGACGAGCGAAAAGUGCGUUCGUCUUCGAGCUCAUGCGCAUGCUCAGAACACCCCAUCGACCAGAAUGUACGCAGUUUCUGCUCAUGCCCUUAAUUCACUGUUCUGGAAAGAUGAGGAAGAAUCCUUAGUCCAGAACUCUCUGACAUUCAGUGCCCAGGAAACUUCUGAAAAAGUUGUUGUUGCUGGUGGUAUACGACAGGUAGAGUGUGGCCAUGUCACUUGUGAUGAUUUUAUCAUUCGAGGAAUUCUCCAUGCCACUCUUCAAAUUACAGAUGAUGAUCUAGAAAUUCUUUUAGAUACAACGAACCGCACCAUGAAAUUGAAGAGUGUUAUGAGAAGCAGCGACACGAGUGAAAUAUCUCCGGCAGUGCUUCCGGGCGGCCGUCUCAUGAGUGCCUCGACCCUCGAAACUCAUAUCUGGAUGGAUCUAAACAGAGAUCCAGAUGGAAUGAUUAACUGGAACUCUACUGUCAUCCGAUAUGCUUCUUCCAGGGCCUCAGAAUGGGUGUUACGCUCAGGUUUAUAUCACGAAUCCUUCGGAAAGGUACUGCGGCUGGGAGGUCAACUCACUGCAGAGCAAAGUUCUGCCCACGUGCUGGUAUUACUCGACAUCUUCUCAGAGGAACGAGAUGCUCUGAAGUUUAAUGUAGACAUUUUCCAAGAUCAAGGGAGCCAAAUUGUUGUUGCAAAUCUUACAAAAGCUGUAGAAUCUCAGCCAAGACUUCUGGACCUUGUCAUUUCCUUCCUUCCAUCACCUGAUAGUGGUGAAGUAAGUAUGGUGUUGAUUGUCCCAAAGAGUAUUCAAGAGAAACAUCUUGGGAGUUACCCUGAGGGUAUUUACACCGACACUCGUUUCACGCUCACCUGCGGACUGGACUCGCCCCACAAAUAUACGUCUGUGAGCUGUAGGCUGACAUCACCAUCUGUAGAUGAGAGACUUUAUGCGAGGUACCAGCUGAUACGGGAGUCAGGCUGUAAUGGGCUCGUCACAUCUUUGCGUUUGUUGAACCACAAUUACAAACUGAACCAAAAGAGCUGCCACAACCCUAACAGCUUCCAGGCUAGUGUGUCAACAAAAACUGAGAAAGUGAAGGAGAAGGAAUUGGCCAUAAGAUUAGGUAUACUAGAUAUGCAAAAUGCAGAACUGGACCUGGUAGAUGCUGUCCACAUGAAGUUCCAGCUUCACCCACCCUUCUUGUUGCAUGCCAUGGCUCAUUCAAGAGGGAAUAUGUGGGACAGAUGGGAAAAUUUCAAGAAGAAUGUAUUGAUAGAACUUACCGAGCUGUUUGGAAAUCUCAGAUCCGUGGCACUCGCCUUUGCGUCAGAUGCGAAGGAAUUGAAGUCUUUGUCGAGGGUUUUAGCCCCUUCACCUGUCCACCUCCUGGCUAAUUACACCCAGUCUCAAAGCCAGCAGAUUUUGAUAGAGCUUGAGGGAGAUGAGUUAAUAAAGGAACUUUCUCACAAUGCUCAAAUAUGUUUAGAUGUCACAAGUCUGGUGGUAGAAGCUGGGGUUGCUUACCUAAAUCGAAAUUACGGCCAAAUGAUCACCGACCUAGCUGCCAAGGCAACAUCGUGGACCUCAGAGUCUGUCAAGUCUCUAGGAACGUUGAUCCUAAAUGCCAUAUCCACUGCACAGGACGCUUUCACUUCUUCGAUGGAGUAUAUUUACAGCCUACCUCUGAGGAUAAUAGAAUACGCUUCCACUGUGCCUCUUCUUGCUGAUGGCAUCCAGUGGUUCAUUCUCCGAGUAAACCAAAUUUCUGAAUCUUAUGCAUAUGAAGUUACAGUGGAAGCAUUGUACAAUGUGAUUCAGUACAUAAACCGGGGCAUGUCAGUACUAUAUCCCAACAGUGAAGAUCUAUUCAGUGGGGAAUAUGUUACCAAAGCAUGGAAUGUAUGGGUACCCUUACCAGAAUGCAGUCAUUCUCUACUUGAUGUCUGGAACCUCUUGACUGGUACAGCAAGAACAGCCAAGCAUAGAGUAUCUUUGCCAACUGCCAUCCUUCAGUGGUGGCAUUUGUUUACUCAUCCUUUGGAAUUUUUCAAUUACUUCUUCCCUCCUUUCCAAGCACAGGGUGCGGUCAUUGGCGAGUCGAACUUCAUUAGCCUGGAUGGCCGAACAUUUGCUCUUAACACGUCGUGUAGCCACAUCCUUCUUACUGAUGCAAGAGAUAAACUUUUCACACUUGUGUCAGAUUUGCAAGGGUCGCCAGGACUGCGAAGUUACACUCUUCUUCUUGGAGGAAAAGUGGUUAAAGUUCAGCCAGAUUACCAGGUAACUAUAGAUGGGAAUUCUAUCUCGCUUCCUUACACAAGUGAGAGAAUAGUCGUUACCAGGGACCUGCAACAUUUAAGCAUAGCAACAUUUGAUAAGUUGAAGAGGAGUUUGAUGUCAUUAAUUUGUUGGACGACCCAUCGUUCGUGCGUCGUCACGGUGAGUGGAUGGUUUCACGCCGACACUCGGGGGUUGUUGGGUCAUUUGAAUUUAGACCCAGCAGAUGAUCUCAUGAGACCAAGUGGUCAGAUUGCACUGAGUGGGGAAGUUUUUAGCCACAGCUGGCAGGUUGGAUCCUUCUGUGCCUCAGAGACAACGAUGAUGGAAAUUCCAUCUAGUGCUAGAGCUAUUCAUUUGUGCAAGAAGUUUCUCCUGGACAUUUCUUCAUCAAUUUUCCCUUGCCACGGUGCUGUUGAUAUUAAGCCAUACUACGAAACCUGCGUCCGAUACUUGGCCUCUUUUGAAGAAGAAAGCGUUAACAACUCUGGCAGCGUGCAAGUAAGAUCGGUAGCUCCUGGAGUGAAUAGCAGUGAAACAACUGGUGUUCAUACAGACUGGAGUAGUCCUAGCUCAACAGAUAACAGCAGCAUAGAAGAAACGAGUACUUUUGUUGAGAGCCCUGUGGACAAUUACUCGAGUGUUAGUGUAGAGAUUAGUAUUAAAGAUUUAAUAUUCCCGUUUACGUAUGUUAAGCAGGACAUUGUAGAUGCAACUAGUGAAGACCUGACUGCUAUUUGUAAUGUCAUGUCUGCGUAUGUCACUAAUUGUAAAGAGGAGGAGAUGGAAUUAUCGCUGCCCCCUAUUUGUGGUCUAACAAACAAGCUUACCUACAGUGAACCAGUAUUGCCUGAUCAAAAGCAGGUCGAUGUCGUAUUGUUAGUUGAUGAAAGUACCUGUGACAGUUUUAUGUACGAGAAUCUCAUCCGUCCUCUCCCUGGCGUUUUGCAGAGAAUAGCCGAAGCAAAAAAUAUCACUGAUGUCAAGAUGGCAGCCAUUGGUUACGGUGUGGGCGGAGGAGACAUAAUUUAUCAUAUACCAGGGUCAUCCCUCUUGGCAUCGCCAUCCUUGAUAAAGCUCUCUCAGCCACACAACAGCGAACGAUCACGUGGAUCUCUGAGACAAAGCUUAAGAGCUGUCAGCAACUUCCCUUUCCGUCCAGGCUCUGUGCGCAUAGCACUUGCCAUUCGAUGCAGUAACCAGGAUAUACCACAUUUCACAGAAACUCUGCCCAAGGAGAUGGUUCGCAGACGCUUAGUAUUGUUUACCCUCACGCCAGAGUUGUUAGUUUUUAACCCUAGCCGUCCAAAAGCUGUCAGGAAUACUGUUGGUAUAGAUAGAUGGAGAGUCUAUAGCCUCAGGCAGGACAAGCAAAAGUCUGUCGAUUCCUGGGGUGUGAGAAGACCCAGUUCCAAUAUUGCACAGUUAGCUACAAAGAGCGGUGGAGGCGUCUUCACGGUAACACCCAUCCGGGAAGAGCCGAGGGCCAAGUACUACAUGAAGCUAUUUAAAAAGGUUCUGAGUCGAGCUAUCAUGAAAACUGUGAACACUGUAUAUAACAAAGCUGCCAAAACACAAUAAAAAAAAUCUUUUAAAUUUUUUAGAAAACCACACUAAGAGGCUUCAGUUUUAAAUAUGGUAAAUGAUUGUGACUGGGUCUUUUCCAGGGAAUCUAAAGCUUUGUGAGAAAGGUUCUGUGUACAUGGGAAAACUAUUCUGAUUUAUAUGUAUAAUGUUGGGUAGCUUCUUCUUCAAGUGUGUCUUCUGAAAUCGAAAGCUUUCUGUGAUUUGUGAAUAUGUUUAUUACAGUAAGGUGCUUCUCCACAUUACCACAGAGAAAUGAAGUUAUUACGGUAUUCAUAAUUGACAAACUUAUAACAUUUGGUAUCCCUGAAAAAGCUAGUUUUUGUGUAAUUACAGUAUAAUAUUACAACACAUGAUUGAAAGUGUACAAAUUUAAUAAAGACUUGUGUUAAUGGAUAAUUAUACAAGAAAAUUAGGCUUUGUAGUUAAUGAAAGGAUUACUCUUUAGUUAUAAAACUAGGUAGGACUGCAUUUUUCUAUGUUACAGGUUAUAUAAAGAACACAAUGUUAAGUUACUUUAGUUUCAUAUUUCUCCAUUGCAUUCCUUUGUCACUCUUCAACAGUAGGACAUAAUCUAAUUUGCCAUUUAAAAGAAAAAUAUUUAUUUCUUCACAUAUUUAGUAAGCCAGCUCUAAUGUGUGUCUUGUCUGUCCACUUAUAACCUGAAAAAAGUACCGUAAAUUUUUGUCUUCGUGUAUUAUGGAUGAUUAUACUGCUGUGGUUAUGUCUACUUAAAAAGAUUUCUAGUUUAGCAUAACAUAACUUAUUAUCUGUGUGCUGUAUUGUGUUGAAGUUGAUUAUUCUCAAAACCAAAAGCCAACUGUAUGUGUAUUUAUUGUUUAAUAAAGACUAUAUUUGC